CUUUAUUGAUCUUGUACUGACAGCGGUGCAAGAGCUUAUCUGGUUUCCAAGUGUCUGACACUUCCCAUGGCUCAGCGGAGUUAGGGAGGCAUUAUUGCAUGGAAACCUGCCGUGUAUACAUUUUUCUCUCCGGACAAUCGACGCACAGUGCGUAUGCCUGUUUGGGUGACCAGCUUGAGAUCACCCUGACAGAAGGGGAAAAGAGAAGGGGAACUGACACUAAAACUGAGAGUCAUGGUGAAGUCUAAAAAACAAAAAGCUUCUCUUCCAUCAAAAGCAGCCUGUAAGAAGGGAAACGUUUCCGGAUUGGGACAUAAUGACGCUGAGGCAGACAGCGACAAUGAAGGAGAAAGUGAGGUCCUCACCCUGCAGCGGGUGUGCCACAGGCUGGACGUGGCAAGGCAGGUGCAGGAGAGAGAGGCCCAGACAAUCAUCCGUAGACAGAGGAAGCUGAUUGGACGCCUGAGGGAAGAGAGGGAGGAGCUUCUGCUCAGUCCGAAGGGGAUGGGCAGUGGAGAGGACCGUGUGACCCGAUCCUUUAAUGUGCUGCUUAAGAGAAGCGAUGAACUUGAUGACCUCAUAUUGAGGGAGAAUGUCAGACUUCGGAGUCUGGAUAGAGAGAUCCACGACCUGCAGAGGAAAAUGGAUGCAGAGAGGAAAGGCUUGCCCUCCACAGAGGAUGCCAGCAGGAAAAUUCAGAGGCUCACCAGCCAAAUAGCACAGGUGAACUGCAGGUUGGGCUCUUUGGUGUCCACCAACUGCACGCUGCGGCAGGACAUUCAGACCAUGAGAGGAGAGAAAGAAAGGUUUCUUCGGAUGAAAAAUAGGCUGGGCAAGGAGCUGCAGAAUGCACAGAAAAAGAUGGGAAUCCUUUUGGAUGAAGCUAAUGAGUACAUUCACAUGAGGGAGGAGUCCCAGGCAAGGACAGCCCGUGCGCAGGAUCAGCGGAUAAAGGAGGCGGAGCAACGUGAGGGCGAGCUGACUGAGAUCCAGAGAGCACUGAGCCACGCCCAGAAGGAGGGGCAGUUCCUGUGGGAGAAAACCAAACAACGGGAGCGCGACCGAAACUUUCUGAGGGCCGCUGGGAAGAAAGAGGCUCGAGCGCGUGAGGUGAAGGUGGAGCAGAGGGUGGUGCUGAACCAGUACGAGGAGGCGGUGGAGAAGAUCGGUGAGCUUGUGGACCGGGUCACCAGGAAGCGGGUCCCGGGCGGCCAGCGCUGGAGCCGCGUGACAGACCAAGCCGGCGCGGCUGCGGACAGACCCAGCGAGGACGAGCGCAGACGCAUGCUGUGGGGGCUCGUCAGCAGGAGGCGCUCCACCCUGGUGUCUCCGAUGUUUCGCGAGGCCCUGGGGGGCGAGGGGGAGGUGGAGCGGAGGGGCCGCAGGCUGACGGAGCACCGCAGGCGCUCCACCCUGCUGGCGGGGCCGUCUCCGGAGGAGCAGGAGCGGCUGAGGGAGCUGGCCAGGAGAGCGCUGGAGGAGCAGCGGCUCGCCAAGAGGGGCGCGGCCGACUUCGACGCGCAGCUCUUCUACAGCGUCUACCUGGAGAGAGAAGACGUGAACUUUGCCCUCUUUAAUUACGUGUGCGAGCAGAAUGCCGAGGUGGAGGACCUCACCAAAGACAUGGAGCAGCUGAAACAGGCGGUGGAGCUUCAGCGAGCGGGAGACGCUGCAGCGAGUCAGGAGAGGGAGGACCGCAGAAGGAACCUGGAGGAGACGCGCGAACACAUCGCACAGGCAGCCAGCAAGCUGCAAGCAGAGGCUGAAAAACGCAACCAGGUCUUAAGGCUCAUCAAAGCAGGAAUGGUCCCAGAGGGGAACUCUAAACGAAAAUAG